ACUCCCGCUUUCCUCUCCCCGCGCCACCUUGGCAUCAUCAUCACCGACAUAUCCAGCUGAUCUUCACCUCCCACUUUCCCGCCCCUCGAUCGCCAGCCGGCCGAAACCAUCCAUCCAUCCAUCCAUGGGCUCCAGACCCGCGGACGCCGCAGGGGGCCAACAGCAGCAGCAGGCGGAGGAGCCCUCCAUGGCGGACGUGUACGGCGGCCACGAGCUGACGCCGCUGCAGAAGCACGCCGCCUUCUUCGACCGGAACAGGGACGGCAUCAUCUACCCCUCCGAGACCUACCAAGGGCUGCGCGCCAUCGGCUGCGGCGUCGUGCUGUCCGCCGCCGGCACCGUCUUCAUCAACGUCUUCCUCUCGUCCAAGACGGUACCGGCGAACGUGAAGCCCCCAGCUUUCAAGUUCCCCAUCUACGUGAAGACCAUUCAGCAGGGCAAGCAUGGGAGUGAUACAGACGUCUACGACACCCAGGGCAGGUUUGUUCCUGAAAAGUUUGAGGAGAUAUUCAAGAAGCAUGCCCACACUAGGCCUGAUGCCCUAACGGACAAAGAGCUUGGGGAGAUGCUUAAAGCAAACAGGGAUCCUAAAGAUUUCGCUGGACGGGUGGGCGCUUUCGUAGAGUGGAGACUUCUCUACGCGUUGUGCAAAGACAAGGAGGGAUUUCUUCACAAGGAGACUGUCAAGGCGGUCUAUGAUGGCAGCGUGUUUGAGAAGUUGGAGCGAGAAAAGAAGGAAGCUAAGGAAUUUGCCAAGAAGAAAUGAUGAAAUGUCCUCCGAUGCCCACUCAUUUGUGGUUCUGUGCAAUUAUCUGUAGAUUGGGGUGUGCUUGUGAGUUCCGUUCCCAAAAUUAUUGUUGUGGUCGUUUGGUUUCAUUUGUUUCUGGUUUCAUGCUUCCUGGAAUGAGGCUGGGAGCCUGAUUGUAAAUGUAUAGAAACUGCUUGCAAAUUGGGGAAAAAACAUUCACAUUUGUUUUAAUUUUGA